CUGCAGUGUUCACCCCUCCACACCCUGUGCUCCUGGUUUGAUGCAGCACUGGCUUGCAGGAUUUCAUUGAACAUGUCAUCCAAGUCCUCUUCUUUCUCUUCCUUUUCUGACUCAGACGUUCAGUGGAUGUGGCGCAGGAACCCCUUAAGGCAGCAACGGCAGAUAAAACGCACAGAGGUGAUGGUUGUGGACACACUGUUCUGGGCCUGGAAAGUGGAACUCUUACUUCAAUAAACUACCCACAGACCUAUCCCAACAGCACGGUGUGCGAGUGGGAGAUCCGUGUAAAAUCCGGACAGAGAGUUCAGCUCAAAUUUGGUGAUUUUGAUAUUGAAGAUUCGGAUGCUUGCCAUUUUAAUUACUUGAGAGUUUACAAUGGAAUUGGAACCACCAGGACAGAGAUAGGAAAAUACUGUGGUCUGGGCUUUCAGAUGGACAGUUUAAUUGAGUCAAAAAGUAAUGAAGUCACAGUACAGUUCAUGAGUGGGACACACCUUUCUGGGCGUGGAUUUCUUGCCUCAUAUUCAACCACUGAUAAAUCAGACCUAAUAACCUGUUUAGACAAUGCAAGUCACUUUUCUGAACCAGAAUUCAAUAAGUAUUGUCCAGCUGGAUGUGUGAUUCCUUUUGCUGAUAUUUCUGGCACUAUUCCUCAUGGAUAUAGCGAUUCCUCGUCACUUUGCAUGGCUGGUGUGCAUGCAGGAGUGGUGUCCAAUAUUCUGGGUGGCCAAAUCAAUGUUGUAAUCAGCAAAGGCAUUCCAUAUUAUGAAAGCUCUUUGGCUAACAAUGUCACCUCAAAAGUAGGACUAUUAUCUGCAAGUCUCUUCACGUUUAAGACUAGUGGUUGCUAUGGGACACUGGGAAUGGAAUCUGGAGUAAUCCCUGAUUCUCAGAUUACUGCAUCAUCAAGUCUAGAAUGGCCUGACGAAACAGGCCAGGCAAACAUCUGGACUCCUGAAAGAGCCAGAUUGAAAAGGCCUGGACCUCCUUGGGCUGCUUUUACCACUGAUGGAUAUCAGUGGUUACAAAUAGACCUGAAUAAAGAAAAGAGGAUAACAGGCAUUAUAACUACUGGAUCCACCAUAGUAGAGUACUACUAUUACAUCUCUGCCUACCGAAUUCUAUACAGUGAUGAUGCACAGAAAUGGACAGUAUACAGAGAACCUGGUGUUGAUCAGGAUAAGAUAUUUCAAGGAAACACUGAGUAUUACCAGGAAGUUCGCAAUAAUUUCAUUCCACCUAUUAUUGCACGUUUUGUUAGGGUUAACCCAUUAAAAUGGCAUCAGAAAAUUGCAAUGAAAGUGGAACUGCUAGGAUGUCAGUUUAAUAUAGGUCGGGCUCCAAAACUUACCAUGCCACCGCCACCACCACCACCACAAAGUAGCAACGACUUCUCCCUGCAGACUGACAAAACAACCUCCACUCCUGAGAUCAAAAACACCACUGUGACUCCAACUGUAACCAAAGAUGUGGCACUGGCAGCAGUCCUAGUUCCAGUAUUGGUGAUGGUCUUCACUACUCUCAUUCUGAUCUUAGUGUGUGCAUGGCACUGGAGAAACCGAAAGAAAAAAGCUGAAGGAACAUAUGACUUACCUUACUGGGAUCGCGCAGGGUGGUGGAAAGGCAUGAAGCAGUUUCUCCCUGCCAAGUCAGCAGAGCAUGAAGAAACCCCUGUUCGCUAUAGCAACAGUGAAGUUAGUCACCUGAGACCAAGAGAAGUCCCAACGAUCUUACAGACUGAGUCUGCAGAGUAUGCUCAACCACUGGUAGGGGGAAUCGUUGGCACACUUCAUCAGAGAUCAACCUUUAAACCAGAAGAAGGAAAAGAAGCAAGCUAUGCUGAUGUGGAUCCUUACAACUCACCUGUACAAGAAGUUUAUCAUGCUUAUGCUGAACCAUUACCUGUCACUGGACCAGAAUAUGCAACCCCAAUAAUCAUGGACAUGUCAGGUCAUCCCACUGCACCUCUUGGUGUCUCUUCUAUUUCUACUUUCAAGACUACAGCGAACCAAGCCCCUCCCACAGUAGGAACUUGCAAUAAACUCUUAGCUAAGACAGAUAGCUCAUCAUCUGCACAUGCACUGUAUGAUACACCAAAGGGGAUGCCUGGACCGGGUUCCUCAGUUGAACUGGUGUAUCAGGUACCACAGAGCAUGCCACAUUUCACAGGAAGUUGAGAACUGAGGUAAGUCAUGAAUGAGCUAGGAGGUAGCAAAUGUGAGUUCUUAAAAUGGCUGUUUUGAAUCCCAUUGAAUUUUUUUUGUAUUGUAAGUUGUUGUAACAUGGAGUUGCACAAAAAUGUGAUAGCGGAGGUCCAGGAAACUAACGAUCCUGCCAUUUCUUUGAGGGUAUAUACAUCUGAUUUACUUGCUGUUCAGAAAUCAUGGACACCCAGUUUACUACUGUACAUCAGAUAGAGGAGCUCCCUAAGAUGAACUUCAGAGAUUGAUAGUCAGCGGAAAGAUUGUCAUGGUGCAUGGAGAGGAAUGAUACAUUUCUAUAGCCUGAGAGCCAAUAAUUUAGACCUUGCUGAAGGUACAGGUGAAUUUCAGAAACAGUAAGAGAUUCUAGCUUUCCCCCCAGAGAACUUCAAAAACGCUUAAUGUUUCUGGGACUGCUGUAACUGAACCCUAGGACAAAACUCCCAGUGACUUCAUUGGAAGCAGGAUCACCACUCCAGAGUUAAUUUUUCUACUGUUUUUAGCUUCCUUUAAAAAACCCCACCAUCUGUUAGCUUUGCCUCAUGGACUUUAAGGUCAGAAGGGACCAUCAAGAUCACCUAGUCUGGCCACAGGACCUCACCCCUGAUCUUUUCUAGGGAUAAUUUCUCUGUACAGUCAAACAGACUAGUAUGAUCAGUGUUCUUAACAAUAGUUACUUGAGAGUUUAUCCCUAAGUGAGACUACUGAAUAAUCCUCUGAGGUUCCCAAUGUGGCUGGCAACUUGGUCAUUCUUUGAGAGAAGAGUGACUUUUUUUAAACACUUGUACUGGUUUUAAUGAGUAGGCAAGUACUGCUAGAGCUUUUUAAGGGACAGGUUUAAAGCUUGUGCACAAACAUUUCAGGGUAUUGUAGGUGCAUUUGGUCCUCUAGACUGAUGGUUAUUUUCACCCUUCAUUCUAGAGAUGAACAGAGUCUUAAACUAAUUGAGAUUUGUUUUAAAGUGUGCAACCGUUUAGAAGCCACUAUAUAACCCAUUGGAUUCAUCCUAAAAUAAAAAUACUGCAGGGAAAGUUGAAACAAAGCUGUGCUGAAUUGCAUAUUAAGAGAAAUGGUCUUCUGAAAGAGAGUAGUCUACUUACAAAGCACCAUAGCCUUGUUUAACCUUGCCAAAUGAAAACUUCUCUGGUUGCUGUUUAAAAAAAACACUAAACAAAUGAGGAAAGUGAAAUGGCACUUGCAUGCCCAGUUUUAUGGACUUUUCUGUUGACACAUGAUUCAGAUGAGCCUUGUUGUUUGUCUAAGGCCUGUGUAACAACCCCAUUCUUGCUGCAAAUUUACUCUGCCUUGAUAUUUAGUUUUUACAACAAUGUGAUACAUAACUUAUUUUUCUCCUGGUACUAAUCACGUUUGUGAUUUUGGAAUUACGUACACUGUGUUUUAAGGCCUGAUCCUGCAAACGCUUACUCAUGUGACUAGAGUUUUGUAGGAUUGGUCUCUAAAUGUGAAUAUUUUAAGUCUCAGCCUUCUGCUAAAAGUUUCACUUACUAGGCUGUUGUUUAAUGGAAGGAUUACAUAAAUGUGUUAAAAUUCCGUCUGUGGUAUUUUCCUAAAUGUAUUUAUUUGGAGACUCUGUAUCUGACAAACUUACUCUUCUGGAUAAAAAAAAUUGUUGUGCUACCUAAGGGCAAUGUAUGCACAUAAAGUAACCAGCUGCAGUACGAAAGCAGGGUCUAUGUGUACCCCAGCCAUAGCACAUAAAUGAGUGGCUUUGAAUUAAUUCACUUAAGGCAGGUCAGAAUUUCAGUAGAAAAAUAUCUAGAAGCAAAAUCCCUCCAGUGCAGUAAGAGUUUGUUUAUAGAACAAAAAGCCAAAAUAUAAUUUUCUUUCCAGGUUUACCAAAGCUUAGUUUAAACACUUUUUCUCUAUGCAUGAAAUGUCUGUGUUACAAGAUAAAAGGUUUAUUUUAAGCCAAACUUGAGCUAAUGGCCUGUACUGUAAGAUGCAUAGUCCCAUCUACAGAGAUUAAUGGAUACAAAAAAAUCAUUGGUAUGAAACUGGCUAUUCUCCCAGAAUGUACUGUCUUACCUCAGCCUGUACUGUAUUUGUAUAUAUUGCUAGACUUUAGAUUGUAUAAAUAGUGAGAUUAUGUAUUUUGAAUAAAUUGUACAUAUGUAUCAUGUUCAGGAA